AUGGAGUCAUUGGUUGACAAAUGUUUGAAAAUAGAAUAUGAAGACUUGGAGUUCCAGAAUGUGGUGACGGAGGUAGCAAAAGCAGAGGAGAUAAAAGAGGUCACUUGUGACGGCGAAAAGAAGUUAGAAGAAGAUGCAACUAGGAGGGUGGGAGAAUUAAUUCAGAAGAAUGUUGAAGAAAGGCUAAACUCUACCGAGACUAAAUUAGAAAUACAAAUGCGAAUAGAGGAAGGUCGCAAGAAGUUGUUUGAUGAUGUUGAUGUGCAGUUUGAGAAAGAGAAAGAAGCCGCUCUUACUGCUACAAGACAAAAAGAAGAACAAGCACGGAAAGAGAGAGAAGAGCUAGAUAAAAUGCUAGAAGAGAAUUGGAGAAGUGUAGAAAAGGCUAAGCGACGAUUAGCUCUAGAGGGAGCUACAGCGGAAGGAAGAAGAACAAUAUCGUGA